AAAGCUAGCCUUCCUCAGUAUUAAUCAAAAUAAAUUUCUUCUAAAUCUAAGUCUUUAACUUCAAGAUGGCUCGGUCCAUAAGUUUCUUCCUUUUCAUUGCUCUGCUUGCUUUUUCACCAAUUUGUUUCUCUUUUAAGAGUAACAAUGAUAAACUAUACCCGCAAUACUAUUAUAAAUCAUGCCCACAAGCGUUAGAAAUUGUCAAGUCUGUUGUUGCCAAGGCUGUUGCCAAAGAAGCCCGAAUGGCUGCUUCUCUGUUGAGGCUCCAUUUCCACGACUGUUUUGUCAAGGGAUGUGAUGCAUCUUUGCUUCUGGAUAGUAGCAAUGGUAUUGUGACAGAAAAAGGAUCAAACCCCAACAGGAAUUCAGCUCGUGGAUUCGAAGUCCUUGACGAGAUUAAAUCUGCGCUGGAGAAGGAAUGUCCUCAAACUGUUUCUUGUGCUGAUAUCUUGGCACUUGCUGCAAGGGAUUCUACUGUAUUGGCUGGUGGACCAAACUGGGAGGUUCCAUUAGGAAGAAGAGACUCCAGAAGCGCUAGUCUAAGUGGCUCCAACAACAAUAUUCCUGCUCCAAACAACACAUUUGAUUCCAUUCUCUCAAAGUUCAAGAGACAAGGACUUGAUCUUGUUGACCUUGUAGCUUUGUCCGGAAGCCACACAAUUGGAAAUUCAAGAUGUACCAGCUUCAGACAAAGGCUCUACAACCAGUCAGGAAAUAACAAACCAGACUCAACUCUGGAUGAAUCAUAUGCUGCCCAAUUGCGCAAUAGAUGCCCAAAAUCUGGUGGUGACCAAAACUUAUUCUUCUUGGACUUUGUUUCCCCAACAAAAUUUGACAACAGCUACUUCAAGCUCUUGUUGGCUUCAAAGGGUCUGUUGAAUUCUGACCAAGUUCUUACUACUAAGAGUCGAGAAUCAUUAGCCUUGGUGAAGCAAUAUGCAGAGAACAAUGCACUUUUCUUCGACCACUUCGCCAAGUCUAUGGUAAAGAUGGGGAACAUUUCUCCUUUGACAGGUUCCAGUGGGGAAAUCAGGAAGACUUGCAGGAAGAUCAACUCAUCAUAAGAGAGCACAUCAACUUUCAUAUGCAGAAACUGAUUCAAUAAUUGUGUUGUUAUGUUAUGUAUGUUUUCCAUUGUUUCAUUUUUCGUCCUUGUCCUCGAGAAUCACAUCUCUUGUACCAUCUGUUGUUUAUCAUGAAUCUAUACUAUUCGUGGAUCUUAUUUAUA